AUGCCCACAUCCCUCCGCACCCCCACGACCCCAAAGUCCCCCGACGCCUCGACCCGCAUGGAAGACGCGGCGCACUUCCAACAGCUCCUCCGCGAGCUCGCCAUUUCCGACACCGCCCCGACGGCCAUCACCACCACCUCUGCCGCCUCCAACCCACCCGCCGCCACCACGGGCGUAGAUUCCACAGGAGGGACGGCGGAAAACUUUGACCAGAUCGCGUAUAUCAUCAAACAGAUAUUCCAGGCGGGAAAGGAAGGGAGUUUCACGGAUCAGUUGGCGGUGUUCAUUGGGAAGAAGGAGGCGGAGAUUGAGAAGAUGUGUACGUUCCAUUAUCAGGAAUUCGUGCAAUCGGUAGACCAGCUCCUCAAGGUACGGCAAGGCGCAUCCACCUGGAAAGACAAGAUCCUCGACCUGAACGACCAGAUCCAAUCCUCAGGUCGUAAGAUGGUCUCCAAGAAACGCGAGAUCAUCGAGAACCGCCAAACGCUCCUCAACAUUGAGCUCGCGGUCGAGUCGCUGCAGUCGUGUCUGUUUGUUCUCGACAUGGCGAAUAAAGUGAAUACUAGUGUAGAGACGCAUAAGUACUACACGGCUUUGAAGAUGCUGGAAGAACUGCAGACGACGCAUCUGCGGCCGGUGAUGCAGUAUACGUUUGCGCAGAGCAUGCAGGAGUUCAUCCCUAUUAUGCAGGAUAAGAUCCGCGAACUGGUGCUGUUGGAGCUGCAAGAGUGGCUCGCCACCAUAAAAGAACGAACCCGCACAAUCGGUAAACGCUCCAUCGAGCAAAACCAAGCCAAACGCGCGCGCACCCGCCAGCAUCAAAACGCCGACACCAUUGCGGCGGGAAGGCGGGUGUCCGCUGCUGCUAGUAGCCCGACUCUCGGGGCCGGGAUGAUGGGUGGGGGUGAGGAGGAAGACCAUAUCGACGCGGGAGUCGAUAUCAACUUCCGACCGCUGUACCAGUGUCUGCACAUUCACGAGGUGCUGAACAAACGGACGGAGCUGAGGACUUAUUUUGGGGAUAAGCGGAAAAUCCAAGCGAGCGUCCUCCUCGAGCAGAAAUUUACAUUCGACGAAGGCGAUCUGGCCAGUUUCCAGCAAUACCUGUACGACGUGGUCGGGUUCUUUAUCGUGGAGGCGAUCGUGAUGAACUCGACGCAGAAUUUUAGGUCGAGGGGUGCGGUGGAAGGCCUCUGGUCCAACGCCAUGGAAAAAAUGAACGACGUCAUCUCGGAGAGCCUGAAUGAGUGUGGGGAUCCGAAGUUGUUUCUGGCCAUCAAGCGGUGUGUCGUGCAUUUUAUUGAGACCAUGGAGUCGUAUGGAUUCGCGAUAACGAGUUUGAUGGACCUGAUGCUGUCGUUGCUUGACCGGUAUGCGGAGCUGAUGAAGAACAGAUGCGUCGAUGAACUCGUGCAGAUCAUCGAAGAAGACGAAUACGCCCCCAUGAUCGUCAACACCCAAUCCGAAUACGACGCCAUCUCCACCGCCUCCAAGCUCAAACAAGAUGCAGCGGGCAACAUCAGCAGCGCCAGCCUCACAACCACCUCCGCCAAAUCCGCCAAAUCCUCCACCACAACCCCCAAACACAUCCCCGCCGACUGGACCAACCAACUCCGCUUCCCCAAAACCCUCCCCUUCUCCCGCGGCUUCCCCCGCUGCUGCGCGUCCAUACGCGCGUUCGUCGUGGGAUUCUACCGCUUUGCCGAAGGGUUUGAGCAGCAGUACAACGAGAUGGAUGAUUUGUUGAAGAAGAGCCUGGAGCAUGUUUUAAGCGAGGAUCUGCUGGGUUGCAUGAUGGGGAAGAUGAUGGUGAAUAAUAUAAGUCAGGUGGUGCAGAUUUUGGUCAAUCUGGAGUGGUUUGAGGGGGCUUGUGCGGAGUUUGAGGCGCUUUUGGGGGAGAUGAGAACAUCCAACAAAUUAGGCACAGUCCGCCUGCACGCAACCCAAUCCUUCCGCGAGACCCGCUCCAUCGCCGAGAAGCGCAUGUUCGAGCUGCUGUACAUGAAGAUGGACGAUUUCUUGGAGAUGGCGGAGUAUGAUUGGGCGGCGACGACACCCGCGACGGAUUACAGCCCAUAUCUCGACGACCUUGUAACAUUCAUGAACGUCAUCAUCACUUCCACCCUCGUCAACCUGCCCUCGCAUAUGCGCAGCGGCGUGUACCAAGGGGCGUUCAAGCAUCUCGCGACCUCUAUACAUAACCUAGUCCUAGCACCGACCGUAAAACGCGUAACCCUCCCCGCGAUCGACACGCUCGAGAAGGACGUCGCGUUCGUCGAAAAGUUCAUCGCGGGGGUGGGGGAGGGUGCGCUGGGGGAGCCGUUUGCGCAGUUGCGGCAGACGGUCCAACUGCUGAAAUCGGCGAAUAUCGAGGAUAUUUUGAACGCCGGGAUACGCGAUCGGAGGUAUAACCGGAUCAAUCUCGACAAGUUGGCUAUUUUGCUCGAAAAGAUGAAAGGCGACUCAUCCCUCUUCGCCAAAUCCACGCCGGCCGAAAAGGCGCAGCGGAAGAGCAUCGAGGUUGUCUUGAAGGGGAUCAGGGCGGGGUCAUCGCCUACGCGGGCUUCUUGA